CUGCAAGGGAACCUGGACUCCGAGACAUGGCCGUGUGACAACUUUUGGAAGUACUCAUGUGGGGGGUGGCUGCAGGACAACCCGAUCCCCCCCACGCGCUCCGAGUGGUCCAUCAAGGAGAAGCUGAAGCACCAGGCCCUGGCGGAGAUGAGAGAGCUGCUGGACACGAUGAACGAGCCCGAGGAGGUGAACAGCGUGGAGUGGAAGCUGAAGACUUUCUACUCCUCCUGCAUGAACAUCCACUCCUUCAUGACGUCAGGCCUCGACAUCUUGAAGCGAAUCAUUGUUACCAACCUCCACGGGUGGACACUGAUGCGCGAGACGUGGGACCGCCGACGCUGGCAGUUUGACGUGGUGCUGACCCGCCUGCACGCUGACUACGGCGUCUCUCCGUUCUUCAAGGUGACGGUGGUGCCAGACCCGCGCAGGGAGGGACACAACAUCAUCAAGCUCCUGCCAUCCGGGUUCUCCAUGCCUCACCGAAGCUACUAUGACCGACUGCCCAACACUGAGGUGGAGCAGACCUACAAGCAGUACAUCAAAGACACAAUGAAGCUCUUUGAUGCCACCGGUCCUGACGCCCUGGAGUACGCUGCCCACCUCUUCCACUACGAGAGCCGCAUUGCUGAGAUUACCCCGUCUGACAGCAUUCUGAAUGACCCUCAUGCUUCCAACAACCUCAUCUCCAUUGGGGAGCUUUCUCAGAUUGCUCGCAGUGUUCCGUGGCUUUCUCUCCUGCGGCAAAUGUUUCCCAACAGCAAGUUGGACCACAGGACAGAUGUGCUGGCCGUCUCCAGAGAGUACUUCAGUGAUGUCUCCGAAAUCAUUUCCACAACUGAUGCAAAUUUGCUCAACAACUAUUUAAUCUUCAGUUUUGUUAGUGCGUACAUUCCAUACCUGUCAUCAGAGAACACUCGAGUCUUGGAUCUUUUCCACAAAGAAUUUACAGGCCAGCAGGAGCCCAUGGAACGGUGGGAGUUUUGCAUUCAGUCAACAGCAAAAUUCUUCAAUUUUGGCCUUGGUUCUCUUUAUGAACGCAGCCCGAACAGAUACAAAGCACGCCAGAAGAAUUCACAAGUGCUGCAUGAGAUGUUCAACCAGAUUCGAUACACUUUUGGCUCCAAUCUGGAAAGCAGCCGCUGGUAUCCACUUGAAAUAAAGUCUCAAAUCAGGGCCAAGCUGAGCAACAUGUCUCUUGCUGUCGGCUACCCAGAGCGUCUCCUGAACCCAGCAGUGAUUGACAGCUACUAUGACGGCUACACCAUCUUCAUAAAAGACUUCUUUAAAAAUCUCCAGGACUCCAUUCGAAGUGCUGGACAGCAAAUGGAAAUGAAACUGAUAGAUCCUAUGCCAGAGUCUGGCUGGAUGGAUGCACUCACUAAGGAUGAUGUCACCUAUGUCCAUGAAGCCAACAAAAUUGUAGUUCCUCCCCACCUUCUCAAUCCACCACUAUUCCAUCGCAAUUAUCCUCUAGCAAUGCUGUAUGGCAGCCUUGGGGUGCAGAUUGCCCGUGCAAUGUUGAGAACAGCUGAUGCUGUUGGCCUUGGCUGGAACAGUAAAGGCCUGCUGGAGGACAGGACAGGCUACACAAACAGAUCACUCGACAACAUUCGAAGCCGGUCUGACUGCAUUGCUUCAUCUGUGAUGGAGCAUGGCAUUGAAACAGAUGCAGUUGUGGACAGAACAGCAGGUGACACGGCUGCUGAGAUAGAUGCUGCGAGACAGACAUACCAAGCUUACCUCUCCCUGAUGAAAAUGCAGCCACAGCCACAGCACCCAAGCUUUGAGACCCUCAACACCACCAACAUCUUCUUCAUGGCAUAUGCUGGCAGUUUAUGUGCAGACUUCACUUCACAACAAGAAGACAUAGAACGCACAUGUAAUCCCUCAUUAAUGAGCAAACCAAGACUGGAGGCAGUAUUGUCACAAAUGCCAGAGUUUAGCAAAGUUUUCUCCUGCUCACAAGAAUCCCGGCAUUUCCCGCACCGUCUUUGUCUUCGGCUACACUGACCAUUAAAGUACCUGUAUUUUUCAUCUCUGUGACUGUUGAGUUAAGUGUUGAAAGAUGUGGUUAUGUGAUUGAUAAAUACUAGAUACUGAGUGAUAGCUGAGAAAUGUUACAAUUUUUACAUUAUAAUAUCCAUUAUAUUAUUUUUGCUACCCACACACACAAUUUGCUGAUACAUUUUUUAUUACAGUGGACCCUCAUUUAUCCGGCAUUGUUUGACCAUGCAAAGAUUAGAUUACUUCAAAAUAUUUUACAUCUUGUGCAUAUAGAAGAUGAUUUCAUUAUCUAGAAAUGUUUUUCCUUUUUUUCAUUUUUAUUACUUGAGUGCAGUUAUUGUAAUUGUAGUUGAACAUCUGAAGUCCAAAAAAAUAGGUGCUAGCUUGCUAAUUUUCAUGACCAUCCCCAUGAUUCACAGCAGAUAAACAUAUGUUAGUGAAGCAUCUGCAUGAGCUGUUCCAACCCUCUAAGAUGAAAAUUACAUGAGUGUUUAUAUGGAAAGACAUUAUUGCCUUCUUGAUUUGAAGAAAUUACAUUCUUUUCCCUAUAUGCAUCAGGCACUCAGUGUGUGUAUGGCCUUACUGUGUAAAUGAGAGGAAUCACAUGAAAAGGAUGACCAAAAAGAUUUAUUGAAGUUACUUGUACAUACCAUGUUAAUUAUAUAAAUGUGAAAACUUCCAUAGUAGCUGAGGAAGAUGCAAGCAUGAUUUUUCAUGCCAGUGACAACUUAAACUAUAUAUUUAUAUUUUUUUCCCAAGAAUUAUCAUUUUGUUGUUUGUGUAUAUUUAAAUUGCAAUGAAUGUUUUGUUUUGUUGUAUUAUUUGGACUAUAUUAUGGAAUUUCAUUAAAAUCACAGUGCAGUGGUCUCAAACUAAAAGUAGUCAUUAUAAAAGAAAUGAAAUGGCCAGUGUCAGAAAUGCCUGCCAUAAUUUACUUUGCCUUCCAUUAUGAUUUAGAUUUAUGUACACACAUUAUUCUUCUUGCAUAAGUUCGUGCCCUUUUCCCAUCUAAUGCAUUAAUUAGUAUUGUUUACAAUUGUGUUGAUGCUUGAUUAGUGUCACAGUGUUGUACAGCCUAGCAAUGUACACAGAAUAACUCAGUAUGUGAAUUACAUAUGUCAACAUUGUCAGAUCUAUGACAUCUACUACAUUCAUGUAAUAUUGACUCAUUUCUUUAUUUCUGUAAUCUUUCUUCAGAAUUUUAGUAAAUUUUUGUCAAUGGGAAGUUUGUUUUGUAUGUUAUUUAGAUUAUGUAAUUAAUGAAGUUUAGAAAUUUACACUGUAUGAAUGCUGAGCUACAAGUCUAUUGAUAUGAAUAUUAAAGUCAGCCACUUUCCACACCUUUCACUUUUGUUCAGAGUGCCUGUAUGUGAAGUAUGGAAUGUAUUUUCAACCCAUAAAAGAUACUUUAUAGACAUUUAACACAAGGGACACAUGAUUUUCAGGUGAAAUAUAUGUUCCCACUGCCAAGUUGAUUUAUGGCACCUCAUCUGUUGUUAAAAGAAGAUUCAGUCAUUAUUUAUGAUUUUUUUUUUUCUUCUUCUUUCCUUUGCUGCCUAGAGAAAAAAAAAUCAAGAAUGCUUGUUUCUUGACACUACAAGAACAAAGGUCAAAUGUGAUCCUAACAACUUCUAACAUCUUUCCAGUGAUGUCACUAAAUUCUCCUUCCUUUUCUCAUCACCACAGCUCUUGCCUGUAUGUAAAAAGAUAAAUGCACUACAAAAUUAGAGUCCCGGCUCUCAUAUUUGAUUACAGAAACUGAUAUUGAAAGAAGCAAACAUUGUUGCAGCACAAAUGAGUGCAUACACUUCAGGUGACAAGCCUCACAGAAUAUGCCUAGUUACUGUGCUCUUGAUUGCCUUCCUUUUGGUGUAUAUAUAUGUGUAUAUUUUGUACAUAUGUAUACCAUUGGAAAAUCUUUACGUUCAGCCAUAUAAGUUGUCGUCAUCUUGAGGAAAGCUAGUUUUCUAUAAAAGGAAAAGUUAAAUAAGAUAUGUGCUUAUAAAAAGGUAAAUAAGGGCACAAAUAAGCUGGGUGCUGUGGUAUGUCUUUUCCAACAAAAAGCUUCCUUUGGGUGGAUUUAUAAAAUAUUGAAUAUUCUUCUUAUUUUACAUUUUAAUAUAAAGGUUUAAGUAUCCACAGAUUUGUGCUGUUAUUGUUCUGGCUGUGCUGACUUGUGAGUUUUUGCCAUAUGUUUUUGGUAUCACUACCUGACUCAAUUCAUAAAUGUUGUUCCCAAUUUGAAAAUUAUCAUUCCACAAGUAUGAAGUGUGUGCUUAAAGUACGUAGAUAAACAAACAUGCUCGUUAGAUUCACUCAUGACUGUGUUUGUUGUAUGAAGCUUUCUGGAAUAACAGACUGUAAUGCAAACUGUACAGAAAGCAAUAUUUUACUAUUAGAAUUGGGAAUUUUUAAACUUUGUGCCCUCUAGCAACUCUUGUAAUGAUGAAUUUCUUGAGAUAUGACAAACUGAUCUUGAGACAGCCACAAGAGACAAAUAUGUAUGUGAACUUUAAUGAUUAAACCAUAAAUGACAGUGAUCACCAAGGUCUAACUAGAUUUUUCUCAUUCUUAUUGUCUGCAGUCUUAUUUCACCAUUCGAGUUGCAACAAAAUAAUUGCAACUCUUGCCCUUCUAUGCACAUACCAACAUGACAUGACCAACAUGCCCACUUUUCUUACAUAUUUUUCUUGAAGUGUUCUCUACACCUCCCAUUAUGAGCACCAUAAAUUUGCUUCCACCAUCCUUUUCAUGUGCUCAGAUAAUUUCUUUUUACUUGGCUUUGACACAUCUCUCAUUACCAUUUUUAUUGGCAUCCCUGUCUAGUUUGUUGAACCAAAUGGUUUCACCUAAUUUUCAUGUCUGUGAUGUAUUUCUAAAUUUGUAUAGCAUUUUAUGAUUUUCUAAUUUGUUUUUCCACAUCCUUGGUGACACUUCAUUUUGUGAUCUUGUAUUGCAGUAGUUUGCACACAUGCACUCCCUUGCAUAUCUCAGUUAAUCUCUUCUUCUGUAUUUCCAGUUAUGCAUAGGAUUUUCAUACUCUCACUCCUCUAAUUUGUGAAUAGUUAUUUUUCAUGGCGUUUUUACACUAUCCAGUUUUUAUUUUGAAAGCAGGUAGCCCCAGUUUCACAUGUCAGUAGUGAUGCUCUUCAGUGAAGGGAAGCAAGCCUUUGAUCUCAUGACAGAUCCACAUAACUAACAUACAGGUGCAUGCUUGAAUUAAUGUGUGGAAUUUUUUGGUUUAAGAUCAUCUCUACUGAAUAACAGUGACAUAAACCUGCCCCCCAAAACAAACAAACAAACAAACAAACAAAAUUUUUUUUUUUGAGACGAACAGAAUUAGCACCAUAGAUGUGUACUCCUUGUAUUAUACACAGAUCAGUGGUAUGCCAAACUACUAAAUACUGGAAGUAUACCCAUGAUAACAAUUUUCUGAUCAUUAACCCCCAAAAUAAAUAUAUUCUGGAUGCAGUAUUGCAAUAUCUUGAAUGCAUUUUCAUAUGUUGUAUUGAAGUCGAGAUCACACCUGAAUGCAAUGUGAGGACAUAUAACCAAUUAAAAUAAAACACCAUGCAGACAACUACUAAUUUGCACAAGGCAGCUUUUAUUGAUUUACUAGUAUCUUUUUUUGUAUUUUACUCAAUCAAAAAAUUUGUUUAUUUAAGUAUUUAUCUUUAUUAUUAUGUGUUUAUUCCAUAGAAUCACACAAAUCAGAAUCAGUGAAUCAUACCACAAUGUGCCCCUUGUAAUUAUUCUAACUUUUGUUUUCAUAUUACUUGCUUCUACUUUUGAUAUGUUUUAGUUUAAUGGACAUGCUUUCUGUGAAUUGGACAAGAUGUUUUCAGCCAUCUAUAAAGCAACACACAGGAUAUAAGAAAUGAAGCAUAAAGUGUAAGGGUCCAUAAUCUUUUGGGUUGUAAAAAUGCAGAGAUGAUGUACAUACAUAGCAUAAAUAUAUGAAGAGGCCUUGGUCUUAGCUCCUCGUCUUGCAUCGGCGCCUCGGUCAUUGUGUCUAAGAAUUUGUGAAACUCUAGACUAUGACAAUAAGAAAGCAAUAAAUGUGUGAGCUGAUCAGAGUAGGGUGAUAUAUAUUUUCCGUAGUGCUGUGUGGUUAAUGUUUAUUAGGGAUGUUGGUUAUGGCAUUUAUAAAUCCUCUCCUUUUCCCAUGAUCUGUAAUGUAAAGAUUUAUGAUGUAUGCAAGAAACCAAGAAGGGGAAUGAUGAAAGAUUAUUAUUUUUUGCUCAAAAUGAUUUAUACUUCACAUUCUUACUCCAUUUUUUUUCAAUUCCCAAUCCCUAGCAGCAUUUUUAUAUAGAAGAUAUAAGCAUAAUAAUUUUCUAUAGCAGGUCCAUUAAUAGAAUGGCAGCAUUUCCAGAACACUUUAGGAAACUUCCACAAAUAUGGGGAGAGAGCAACACCUGCGUAACACAAUAACAACCUUACAAAGAGUUAGAAAAGUGAUAUAGGCUAUUAUAAUACAGUUGAUGUUGUGCAGACUGUAUGCAUGUGUCAGUGUGAAAGAGAAGGAAUUUAGAUUGCCAGUGGUGCACCGUGCCACAAAUCAUGUUUAGUUAUAAUGUAUGCUGUAAUGUUUGAUUUAUAAUCAUUUGAUUAGGUAGUAUGAUUACAGCUACUGUUUGAUUUUUCUUUUUCAGCAUAUGUAUUUUGUACCAAUUGUAUGUUACAAUUUUGGGGGGGAAAUGAUUUCAAUACUUUGUAUAGAAAUAAGAUUUGGCAUAUUGUCAAACUAAUUGCAUAUACAUAUAUAUUUAAAUCACAAAAUUUUAUUUAAAAGCUGAAUUGAUGUGAUGAAAAUUAAUAGUGAUUCAAUUAUCGUUAUUGCUUUGUAAAUAUUAAUGUUUGAUGAAGAGAAAAAGUAGGUAGCUUUACAUACAAAUGAAGUAGCCAAUUAAUGGUUUCAUGGGCUGUGAUACCACAUGCAAAAUUGCGUUUAUUCAUGUUUUCAUGUUAUAGUUGAUGGGUAAAAAAAAUGGCAAUAAGCAUUUACUACUAUGUUUAUGAUUGAAAUGCUCUGUAAUCUUUUAGUACUUAUAUAAUUUUGUCUAUAAGAAUUUUACUUAAAAACCGUAGUAGCAUCACUAUGGAAGAACAAAUAAGUUUCUGUAGGCACUUCUAGUGAUUAAAGCCAUUUCUGGUUAUGAAAAUAUACUUUUUUAUGAUGUUGAUUAAGCUUGACAUCCAUUAACUUCUGAAAUUAUUAUAAACCUUCCUUGUAUGAAGCAAGCAAACAGAAUGUCUCUGUGUGGUUAUUUCAUCAAGAUAUUUAGUGUGUUCUUUCCAGUCCACUGACUUUCUGCUGCUGUGUGUCAAGGAUACAGUACCAAUAACUGACACAAGACUUCUGAAUACAGAUGACCGAUUACUGCUUACAAUGGAAUGAUGUGUGAAAGUGCUGUUUUGAGAAAGAGGUCCUAUGCAGCUCACAAUCCACACCCAGGCUGACCACCAAGACAGAAACAUUACAGUUUCGUCACAGUCCACUUUUUCACAUUCAAAAGUGGAUCUUGAAUUUAAUAAGCAGAAAAUAUUUAUACAUACAUACAUCUUUUUGUAAGCUUGUCACAAUUUCUCUGCCUGUCAUGAUGUACAUGUGAAAAAAAAUAUAUGACAUAGCCCAUGAUGUGAAGUUUAGUGAAAAGUGUCAUACUACUUUACUUUCAAAGAGAUUUUAAAGGACUACAUGACUGUAUUAUUUUUUUUUUAUUCUGUAAAUCAUUGAAUUAUGUAACAGUAUAUUCAUAAAUGUAAUGAUGUUAUUCUGAGGAGUCGAUAAAUGUUGAUAAUGUGAGCUUAGGAGCAAGAGACAGCCUUCACUUGCAACAUUAUAUUGUGUUUGUAGCUUGAAACAUUUUUACUUAUUUGCAUAAUUGUGAUGUUUGUUACAGCAAUGAGGCAGUCGACACAAAAAAAAAAAAAAAAAAAAAAUAGGAAUCGGUGUUUAAAGUUAGCUGAGGUGCCAAGUCUGAGCUGGCGUGCACCUCAUUCCUGAAGUACUGCUGCUGCUGGGAAAGGAGUGUACUAAUUGGCAAACUCAAAGGAGGGUGGAUGCAGCUCAGGCUCUGAUUUGAUAUACUAUCAUCUCUCAGGAUUAUCUUCUUCUGGAUCAGAAUUUUAGGCCCAGGCAACACAUCUAAACAAUUUUAGCAUCUUUUAAGAUGCUAAAAAUAUAACCUCUUUCUCUGACACACAUUUUUUUUUUUUUUUUCCAAUCAAUUUGUAACACAUAAUCUAGACACUCUCCAAGUUGAGUUAAUGACAACUGAAUUUUGAGCUCUGUGUUGUGUGCCUCACUCCUGCAGGGAGCAUCCCAAUUGCUUUGGGAAGGUGUAGCUAAUCAGUAUCCAAGGUUUCAGCCUCAUGCAUGUGAGUAUCUUUAGUGUUGAUUUUGUGAAGGAAUAUUGUGAUGAUGAAAUGUGAAAUGGUUGCCUGCUAAACUGCAAACCAUACACUGGUAUUAUAUUAGCUCUAAUUUUGCUUUGUGGGUGCUUAACCACCAGACAAGAACUGUUAUAUUACUUGAUUUUUUAGACAGAUAAUUCAGUGCUUAUCUUUAAUAUAAGAUUUAAGAAGUUUAAAAAUUUUCACUAUUUGUUCAUUUAUAUAUUCAUUUAUUUAUUUAAUUUUAUGAAAUAGACCUGGUAAUUUGAAUAAAUUCACAAAUGCAAUGCAAAUAAAAAAAUUUAAGUCAUUGAAUAAUACUGAAAAAACAAGCAAGGAAACACAUGCACUAUAGUGGUCAUGUAAGAAACUGGAAAGUGAAGUUGAAGUUUGACUAGAGAUGCAGAGUGAAUGUCAUGCAAAAUCUUAUAACAGCCCAAGAGAAACACUCACUGGCUGUCUUGUGUGUACUACCAUUGCUUUGAACUCAGUGGAUAAGAAGCUUUUACUUAGUUAUUUCAUAGUUAGUAAAUUAAACAUGGAUAUAUUUUGCUUUUAAAUAUUUUUGUAGAAAACUGUUUUUGUUUUGUAUUCAGAAUUACAGGAGAGGUUUUUAUAAUACACUCGUUCUAUGUUAAACCAUUAAAGGACUCACAUUUAGUAGGAGGUAAAUGAUUUCACUAUACUGUGCUCCUCUCUCAUUUGUAGACCCAUAGUGACACUCAUAGCAUAACACAUGUCCACAUACUGUUUUGUAAUCAAUACAUUUCUAAAAAACUAUAAUGGAAAAAUAGAACUUGCUGAUAACAGUAAUGAUACUCAGUUAACAUUAAAUUAUGUUAAUCAUAAAAUUUUCUGAAACAGACUCAAUAUAAAUAUUUAGAGGAACAGUUUAAAUCCGAACAUUAGAUAUUAUUUAUUUUCUUUUGGCUCAACAGUUUUGUUUUGCAGGAAUAACAUAUGAAUAUAAUAUCCAUUAAAAAGUUCAAAUCACUGAGGUGUAGCUAGUAGUGGUGUGUAAGGGUAAAAUACUAUAUAUAAAUAAAUAAAUAAAUAAAUAAAUAUAUAUAUAUAUAUAUAUAUAUAUAUAUAUAUAUAUAUAUAUAUAUAUAUAUAUAUAUAUAUAUAUAUAUAUACUCAAACUACCAUCUGAAGUUAGUCCAGUGUGCAUAGAGACAGAGAUCAUAGGCUUAUUUCUCUCCGGUUUCACAUUUUCUAGCAGGUGUGGAGUGAAUGCUCUUCUCCGCCCUGUGAUUGAGGCUGCUGUUUCAGAAGCAAGAUUACAAUUGUUACUGGUCUGAAAACAUGCAAGUAGCAUAUUAGCAUUGAGUGAUGCACCACACAGCAUGAGUAACAUGGUGUGUAAAUGCUGCAGUUACACAUUGUAGCUACAACUGAAGUGUUAUCUAAGUCUUUUCAGACCAGUGUCCAAGACCACAAGCAGCUCAUUCCCCAAUCCUUCAAUGCUCCUCAUAUUUUUGUAUGUUAACAACCUUUUUCUGGAUGUCAGGUUCCUACCUAUAAGUAUAAAAAAAAUUUUGUACAUAGAAUAAAUUGUUGAAUUUU